AUGUUUAAUAAAUACUCUCUAACCUUUUAAUCGGUUAAUCUAGAAUUAGAGUAUAGAGAAAGUCAAAUGCCAGUUGUGAAAAAGUAGUAUUCCGCAUUCACUUUACAAAUAUGCGUAUUUUUAUAUUGAGAAUAAUAGUUAUACAUGAUAUUUUAAUCAAUUUAUUACUUGAAAAGUCAGCCUUAUUUUUUAGUCAUAUUGCUUAGUUGCUCAUUUGGUGUCAUAUUUAUAAUCUUCUCUAAGUUUUUAAUCGAUAAAUACCCCAGUGUUAUAAACAUAGUUUUACCUAUUUUGUAAAUAAUUUUGUUUUUGGUUCAGAGUCUUGACUAUAAUUUUAGGGAAACAAAUUCAAAUAAUCCCUUUGAUCCAAGUUAUGAUUGGUAUUAUGGAUUUUGUGCUUGCUAUUUUCACAUCGGUAUAUUUAUCAUAUUUACUUAGCUAUAUUUAUUCAAGGAUAUUUAAUAUUGUCACAAGCUAUUAUUGUAACAGCCCUAUUGCUAAUAUACAUUUUAUGGUCUUACAAUUCCUCGCAAGUCUACAUUGGUUUAUUGUUAAAUUUUAUAUCCAUUAUUGUUGGAAUGAUUGCAAUCAAAUAUACCAUAGAGAACGGCAAAAGACUGCAAUUUUUACAUAACAGAGAGAGGAAAAAAUGGUUUGCAGUAAUUAAAUUAAGAAUUUUAGAUAAUCGACACGGUCUUAUAACAAUCUAUUGUAGUAGUCAAGUUAGACAAGCAACAAGACUAAUUGAGAAUCCAUUAGAUGAAUAAUAUUACCAAGGAAAUGUUGCAAGUUAAUAAUGAUAAUGAUUUAAGAACAGUUCUCAGAAAUGUAAUUAAUUCUUAUAAUCAUUAGCUAACAUAUUCUAGAGGAUCGAAGCUAUCUGGCGAGGACAAUAAGUGCACACUUGAAAAACAUAUUCGAAUGAUGCUACAAGAUAAUUCAUCGCCUGGUUCUGCAUUCGAAUUGAGAAAAACAGGAAAUUAAGAUAAGUUAAUCAAUUCACUAAUUUGUCAAUCUAACAUAUUAGAAUACUAAUUCAAAGUUUAAUUAGUAAUUUAUUGGACAGAUGAACAAUAAAUGGUCAUCAUGGCUACGGAAUGCUUAAAUAAUAAUUAAUAAAAUCAUGAGAAACUAGAGUUGAAUCUCAAAAACAGACUCAUUACUUCUUUGGCCUAACGUUGUAUAGGUGCUUACUUUAAAGAGAAGAAUGACAGAUUUUCAUAGUUGCAAUGUAUGAAUUACUUUGUAUGUCUUAACAUUCUCUAGACUCCUAAUAUGUUAUAUGAAAUUCAUAUCAAGAAAUACAGUCCAGACCAGGUUGUAAAAAUGUUAAAAACUGUCUUCGGGCAUCACUUGGAGAUUAUUAACAAAUUAAAAACUUAGUAUCUCAGCAUAGAUCUAAACUCAGUAUUAAUUAUCUUUAUUUCAUUACUAUAAUUUAGAGACAAAAAAAAGGAUGGAUUUAUAAAGAUAUCAUCUAAAGUUAAUGAAAACAAUAUUGAAUCCAUUCAUUUUACUUUGAUGUAAUCUACUAAAUAGAUUAUUCCUUAGAUUAGAGUUUAUUUUAGCAAACCAUUAUUUUUUGUUAAUAAAGAGGACAUGUCAAUAAACUAAUCCCAUCUUCAACAAAAUCUAAUACAUUUAGAUAAGAAAUUGAAUUGUUAAGAUCCAUUAACGGCAACAACCUUAAUCAUAAUCAAAUAUUUGUUAUAGCAUUUUGGUUGUAAUACAUAAAUUAAAACUAAAUAAAAAAACAAUCUUACUCAUUUUUCAUUUUCUCUGCUUAAUUAAUGA